AUGCCAUUAACGGUCCAAAUGUCAUCUGUUAAUAAACAACAACAAUAUAUAAAAACACACUUUCAACGCCAUUCACCUUCGACACCGACACCUUCGACACAGUCAAAAAGUUCAUCAGGUGGCAGUUAUGGAAAAGAAAGUGUUACUCCAUUAAUCAUGGUGAGAAGACGACUCUUUCGGCCCAUAGCAUCAAAACAAAAACCAUUUUUCCAAGGUAUGCAAAAAACUCAUAAUAUUGAAAAUUUAUUCAAGUUAUACUACUCAAAUGAUACAUACAUUGAUAAUUUUAAUCGACAAAUAGUUACAGGCACACGAAUGCCAACUCACAUUGCACCAUCAGCACGUAUAUCAUCAGCUGUCUCAUCGACAAGCGAUGGUGUUUACAGUUCCAAACAUUGUGUAAGCAAAGAAUUCCAAAGUACAUCCGAUAUGGAUUAUUCGUACGUAGCUGAGAAAGACGAAAAUGUGAAAAACGAGGACUUAGAUGCCGCUACAAAUUCUGAAAAACAAAAUUUACAAAUUCAAUGUCAAACAUCAUCCCCAAUCACACAAACAAAUCCAAUUUCGCGUCGAACAUUAGAAGUACGAAUUGCUACGGAGCAUUCAAAUCUUCAAUCAUCACUCGGUAAACUAUCAGAUAUGAUUGAAACUAAUAAAGAUGAGACUAUUAUCCACGACGAUAUCAAAGAAAAAUCGUUACAAUCCUUUGAUUCGAACCACUGUGAUAUUCCUAAUAAUAAUUUAACCAGAAAACUGAAUAAUAACAACUCUGCGAAAAGUGCAUCAUCAUUUGUUGAUUAUCGAGUUUCAUUGCGAAAAUCAUCAUUACCUUCAACAGCAACGACUGACGAUACACAAACAAGUGUUCAAAGCAAAAAGACAUCAUCUAUUGAUAAUAAAACUAUAAAUAGCGAAAAACUUUUAAAAAAUCGUACAGAGAAUAAAUUAUCCAGUCAUAUAUCGACAAAAACACCAGCACUACUAUCGAAUCAACAGCUUGCAGUCUGUGAUAAACUUAAUCCAAAUGUAACGGUUUCUCGAGUAUCUUUUACCACAUUUUCAUCAGCAAGAAGCGCUUUAAGACAUGGAAAAGAUAUAAUACCAUUGCAGCAUAGAGUAAAAUCAACGAUAUGUUCAAACAAUUCAAAAAGUAGAAGUCGACCUGCAACAAAAACAGAAUUCUUUGAUCCUGCUCAAACAAUAAUUAAUGCACAAAGAACAGUAUCAAUUCCAUCAAGAUGCAGUCAGUACGUAUUAGUUACGUUUCCCGAAAUGCCUGGAAGAUAUAUGAUUCCAACUUACGUUGAACGAUUACUGUUACCACAGCGAUUUCCAAAUCUUUUCAAAAAUAUUGCUAAUAAUUUUGAUCAUGAAUUAUUACUAAACAAUCAAUAUCGAUUAUCAACUCGUUCAUAA